AUGCGGACCAAUGAGAUUAGCCUGGAAGAUGCUCGGCAUCACAACCCCAGCGUGGAGGGCGACAACUUUCCUUUAGCAGGUCUCCCAACAACAUCACGUUGGUACAUUGAUGUCCGAGAAUGGGAGUCCAAUGGCAAGGAUCUGCCGCUCUUAGGAUCCCUUCGUCCCGAUGAGCAGAAAGCCGUGAAAAGGUAUUAUCAUGCCACAGACAAACGCAUGUCGCUGGCCUCACAUCUUCUCAAAUAUUUAUACAUCCACCACGCUUGCGGUAUUCCAUGGAAAGAAAUAAUCCUCAUGCGCACGGAAAUGCCCGAAAAUCGACCAUACUACAAAUCUGCCUCAGACACUCAGGUGGAAUUUAACGUCACCCACCAGGCAGGGCUUACCGUGCUGGCAGGGACCGUUGCUCCGAAGUCUGAACAGAUGCAAAGACACUCCAUUGGAGGAGCUUUACCACACCAACCCCGGCUGGGUAUCGACGUAACCUGUGUGAAUGAGAACCGCCGCAGGGUAAUCAAGACCAUGCCGGAGUACCUGGACCAUGUAUCGAUUUUCGUGGAUGUAUUUUCGGAUCGGGAGCUUGAGAUCAUGAGAAAUCCAGCCGACGCCCUUCGCCAAGCUCGAGCACUUGGUCUUGCAAAAGCAUUUGAUGGUUCAAAUACCCAAGAAACAAUAGUCAGGUUUGGCGUGCGUCUGUUCUAUUCAUACUGGGCUCUCAAAGAAGCAUACCUGAAAAUGACCGGAGAUGCCCUUCUGGCUCCUUGGGUGCGCACUCUUGAGUUCUCAAACGUUAUCCCUCCCGACCCUGUCGAUCCUCUACAUGCUCCGAAACCAUACGUUCCGUCUCAAAAUCCGAAAUAUAUCCCGCAGUCACCUAAAAACUGGGGCCCUCCAUUUGAUGGUGUCAAAAUCACCAAAGCAGGGGAAGCACUUGAUGAUGUCCGUCUUCAACUAGUUGCCUUCGAGUCUGACUAUAUCGUUGCAGUUGCUGGUCGGGGCCUCCCUGUUGGCGUUUUCCCAGAUCUGAAGUGUAACGAGGGUCUGCAUCAUCUGCCUGGACAGAUCACUGUGCGUUCUGGGGACGCCAAGGAAGAGUAUCGCAUUCCUCUCAGUACUAUGAAGGUUAUUGGUCAUAUGGAUCCGUGGAAUAUUCCAUCUUCAAUCACAGAUCCUUGGCUCCCGAUGCAAGAAGUUGAUAUUGAUCUUGAUAUUCGAGCCUGUGCGGAGGGUCGAUGUGCUCAUCUUGAGGAUCAUGAAUCGGUUCUUUCCGGUGUUCAUAUACGUGAUUCAGUAUAG